UUUCCUCCAUAGAGAGCGAGAGAGAGCGAGAGAGAGCGAGAGAGAGCGAGCUGCGGAGAUUUAACUUUGAGUUUCUGCGUUGCGCAAGAACGAGAAAAGGCUGCGGUGACCUGCAGGAGCUUCCCUGAGCGCGAGAGCGAAGGUCCGUUUCUACUUCCAUCUUCCCCGAGAGGAGCCGUCGAGGAGAGCCGGUGCUGAGCGAAAAGACCGGCGUUCAACAGGAGCGGAGAGGAAGACGUGCGGAGGAGCGGCUCUGAACACAGCUGGGGAGAAACAAUCCACACAGGAACAAUCACAGCAUUCAGACGCUCAAUCCCUGGAACGGACAUUAAUCUUUUUGAGGAUCACGGUAAUGUCUCACCUCGCCGUCUGCCUGGGAGAUGAAAGACUUGCCGCUCGUCUUCAACAACCUUUUGAGUUCAGAGUUUGAGUGAAACUCCGGGAGAAGACGGGGAUUUUUUUCUUUCUCCCUUUGAACAAUCUCUUUCAUUUUCUGUUUUGUGCGUCGUCGUCAUCUCACUCUGAUCUUUUCCUGAUAUCGUUUGCUUUCUCAUAACAGGAAAAGAAGGAGGUGACUAAUUUUCUCUGACAGGAGCGAGACUAGUGUUUGUGUUCCAAUUUGGCUUUCACCAGGAGACAAGUCCUCCCUUGUGUGUGUGUUACUGAGUGUGUGUUUUGUGUCAGAGUCCCUCUGCGAUACAUUAACGUGUCUCAGGGAGACAAUAACCGGCCCUGUGUGUGUCUCUUCUGGGAAAAUGGGAUCAGAAAAGGACUUGGAGUCGCCUCACUCCUCGGUGAGCGGCGUCCCCAACCCUAAGUGCCGCGCGGCAGGCAAACGCCAGGGCCGCAUCUCCUUUCACAGCCUCUUCAACAGCAAGCGGGGCUCUCGGGGCGCCAGGGGCCUCAAAGGAGGAGCCGCCACCCCUUUAUCCCAUCACCACCAACUUCACCAGCUCCUCCCUACUGCCUUGAGCUUGGCGCCCGCCGCAGCCUCCGCUGUGCCCACGACACCGACGACCACAACCACGGCGCCGACCACGACACCGACGACCACAACGCCGACGACCACGACGGCGACAACCACCACCACUGCAGCCAUCACGACCCCCCAGGAUGCCGCCUCCAGCACCCCGUCAAAGCCGCUCUCCUCCAGCCAGCCGUCCCUGAGUGGAGCCCCGUCCUCCGGGGAGGCCGACCUCCUGGAGUGCCCCCUGUGCCUGGUGCGCCAGCCCGCCGAGCAGCUCCCCGAGCUGCUGGGGUGCAGCCACCGCUCCUGUCUCUGCUGCCUGCGGCAGUACCUCCGCAUUGAGAUCACGGAGAGUCGAGUCCAGCUCAGCUGCCCCGAAUGUGCCGAGAGACUAUCCCCACGGCAGGUAGCGGACAUCUUGGAUGACGCGGCCUUGCUUGAGAAGUAUGAGGAGUUCCUGCUGCGGAGGUGCCUCGCCUCUGACCCAGACUGCCGAUGGUGCCCGGCGCCCGACUGCGGAUUUGCCAUCAUCGCCUCGGGCUGUGCCAGCUGUCCCCGGUUGGUGUGUCGCAGAGAGGGAUGCGGCGCCGAGUUCUGCUACCACUGCAAGCAGGCCUGGCAUCCCAACCAGACCUGCGACUCGGCCCGCCAGCAGAGGGCGCAGUCCCUGCACACCCACAGCAACCACUCCCCCAGCUACACACAGGAGCAGGGACCAGCUGAUGACAUCAAGCCCUGCCCUCGCUGUGGUGCCUACAUCAUCAAGAUGAACGAUGGGAGCUGCAACCACAUGACCUGCGCCGUCUGCGGCUGCGAGUUCUGCUGGCUGUGCAUGAAGGAGAUCUCCGACCUGCACUACCUCAGUCCAUCUGGCUGCACGUUCUGGGGGAAGAAGCCUUGGAGCAGGAAGAAGAAGAUUUUGUGGCAGCUGGGCACUCUGAUCGGAGCUCCAGUCGGCAUCACCCUCAUCGCAGGCAUCGCCGUUCCUGCCAUGGUCAUCGGCAUCCCCGUUUACGUCGGCCGCAAGAUCCACGCCCACUACGAGCUGAAGAAGACGUCUCGUCACAGGAGGAACCUGGCCAUCACAGGAGGCGUGGCCCUGUCCAUCAUCACCGCCCCUGUCAUCGCGGCUGUCAGCGUUGGAAUCGGCGUGCCCAUCAUGUUGGCCUACGUGUACGGCGUGGUGCCCAUCUCUCUGUGUCGGGGAGGAGGCUGCGGUGUCAGCAGAGGGAAGGGACGAGGCGUACGCAUUGACUUCGAUGAUGACGAUGGUCCCAUCACAGUGGCUGAUGCGUGGCGAGCCCUCAAGUCCCCGAGCCUCGGCGAGAGCAGUCUGGACGGGGCCCUCAGCGGUCUGAGCACCACUUCCCCCAGCGAGGGGCUCUCCGUGGCCCCUGGGACUCUGGGUGGCACGCCCCACUUUAACACACUGGUGGGCGGUGCCUUGGGAGCACGCACCAGCAAGUACAGCAGGCUGGAGGUGCAGGCGGGGGAGCUGGCUAAAGAGUCCGCCCAGAGGGAGACAGGCAGCCUGGGAGCAGGGAGCGACUGUGCCAGCACCCGUGGAAUGGCCGGAUCCAUCAUCUCGUCCUACACGCUACCCGACAGGGAGUGCACCAACCUGGAGAUCCAGGUGGACAUCGAGACCAAACCCAGUCACCUCUGCCUGACCAGCGAAGAGGACCUAAGCCCGGCCCCGGGCUCCGCUGCAAUCACGACGGCCUCCGGGGUGGAGGAGCCUCAGGACUGCAGCUCCAGGCGGGGCGGGGCUCUGUCCGGGUCGGUGCUGGGACUGUCGCCGGGCGUGUCCAUCAGGGAGGGGCUCAGAGACGUCACCCUGGCUCAGCCGGAGAGCAUCCGCAGUGACCUGGAGAUGUCGGACACUCAGUCGGACGACAUCGCCGAGCUGACGUCGGACGACUGUGACUCGCCUCACCCGAAGAGCUGCCACCUGCUAGCCGGCCAGCAGCCCCCGUCCUGCCGAGCUCUGAACCCCUUGGACGGCCUUCACUGUCCCGCAGACAGUAACGUCAUCCUCUACGUCUGAGAGAGCCGCAGCUCCUCGGAUUGCACAAAAAGACUCCCGACAGUUUCAUCUGAGCUCUCCUUUACUUCUUACUGCAUUUUCUUUUGUCUUUCUUUUAUCAUUUCUUGUUUGCUGCUUUUAAGACUCACAGACGGCCUCUUAAACACAGACAGGGUUUGUUCACUUCUGUCUGUCUGUCUGUCUGUCUGUCUGUCUGUCUGUCUGUCUGUCUGUCUGCCUGUCAAUCUUCUCGCUGAGUAAAUUGUCAGGGUUUCUACCUCUGAGAUUUAUAAGAUGAUGAUUUAUGUUUUCUCCUUGGUGCAAAAUGCCUUGGCUACUUAAGCAAAAAAAAAAAAAAAAGACAAAAAAAAAGUUACACAUUUUCCACGAGAAAUAUCGCAAUUCUGAAAUAAGGUGAAAAGUCACCGAGCACAGCGGAGGGAAGACGGAUGUUUGCUGGGGACGAAAGGGGACGAUGUGUGAUUUGUACUCAACUAUUGUGGCUUUAUUUUCUUCUCUAUUUUCUUCUCUCUAUUUAAAUUCAGAUGACCUGGAAAUGGUGUUAUUUGCUGCACGCUUGUGUCUGCAUGAGCCAAUGCCUUGUGUGAAAGGUUGAAAAAAGGGACGGUGAGCUUCUGUUACACUGGUGAAAGUUUACUUUAGAUGAUGAAGCUGCACUUGAAUCUCACUGUCCUUGCACAGAGGAGAAGGAGGAGGAGGAGGAGGAGUUUCGAUGAGUUCUGACAAUGAUGAGGACAGGAGACGCUGCUUUGAAAGAAGCUGUUUAGUCAAUUCAAGUCUGUGACAGUAAAGGGCAUCUUUUACAUUUUGA